AUGAGUGUCGAAGCGCUGAGAAGAUGGUCGCCGAAGAAGACCGCAGACAAGUACUCGUCAAGACUCGAGUGGCAAAAGGACUGUCGCUUCGCUCUACUCAUGAGUAAACGGAUCCGUUGUUUAUACGAGUAUUCAUCCGUUGUUGAGUAUUCAGACGAGUGGAUCAAUUGGUCGGAUCUUCUCUGUCCGCCCAAUCAGGACAUGAAUGUCUCGCAAGACGUGAUGUCAUUCAGCGAAGCGAUGGCUGUCUUAAUCUCGGGUCCAAACAACCAGAGUCUACACCGAAUCGAUUCGGCCAUCACUUCGUUGCAGCGGAUAAUUAACGAUAAUUGCGAUGACGACCAAGAGUUUGGCCAACUCUUUGAUGUCCGACUGAUUGAUCAAUUGAUGGCAAUCGGUUCCAACAGAUCUCCCGUUCUUCAGGCGAAAGUUUUUAAACUUUACGAAGAGUUUCUUCUUUCGGAGUUUCAAAUGCAGCCGAUAUUUGCUGUCAAUCUAUUGUCGUCGACAAUGAUAUCCGCAAUAAUCUGUUGCUCGAAGUCGGGCACCAAUGACUCGAUGAGCGCUUCACUCAAUCUCUUUCUGGUAAUUAUUGAUACGAUUCGUUACAUCGAAGACGAGUCCCAUUGUCUGAAACAACAGCUCAAAGGACACACCUCUUCGCUGAUGGAAGCGCUUUCCCAAAGAGUCAAUGCAAUGAAGUUGAAUACGUCUCGAGUCGAGUCCCAAGAGUUGAAACGAGACAAUCGACGACUCUUCACUCGUGAGAUCACUGCGGAUGUGCGACAGCUGAUGGUCACCAUCUCUUCGUUUGUCCAUCAGUUGGUGUGCAAAGUGUGCGAAAGCGCUGCCGAUGUUCAGCCCAUUUACGCCCAAUUGUCUCCUUUAUUGGCCAAACUUUACGGCUAUGACCAUCAGAUCGAUGGCAAUGUCCUUCAGAUAAUUUCUGGACUCGUGUCUAAGGCCGAGAUGACAAUGAUCUUUGAACUGAUCCGUUGUUUCAAAGAGCAAUUGUUUGCUGCGCUUAAAAGCAGUAAUAAGUCGAUUGUCUGCCAAAGUCUUUGGGUGUUUAAAGUAAUCCUGGAUGGACUCGACACUAACAGUAUAGCCAUUUGUCUGACCAUCUUUGGAGACCAAUUGAUCCACGAGUUAACCGCAAAACUGGUUGACAAUUGCGAGUUGGAUGUGAUGGAAGAGGUGCUCUCUAUUAUGGCAAUGAUUUGCGAUUUGUUGAAGUUGUUUGACAAUUGCGGCGAUUGUAGGGAUCAAAUGGUUUGCCAUUUGAUCGGAUUUUCAAUGCAGAGUCAAACCUACGGAUCGCUUGCUAUUCGGGCCGUCAAUACAGUGUUAAGCAAUUACACUAACACUCAACUGAACGCUCUCUCAGGGAAAGUGGAUUUGCGGUCCAUUUUAUCGCAAAUAGUACCACAAUUUGAUUGUCUUUCAAAAUAA